CGCGUUCUGAGCGGACACAGGCUCACCGCAGCCUCGCAUUCCCUCUGCUACUGGUGCUGUGAGUGCCCAGCAGCAUUGCGAACCGUUAAAGACAGAUCGCUCUGUGAGCCGUCUCCGGUGUAGUUGUGGAGAGAUGACCUAAAGAGUGAUCUCCUCCCAGCAAUAGCCACCUCGAACCUCGCAAGCUUGGGUAUUGAUGUGAGAAUUACUGGUCUUUACUUUAAAAAAUUAUUAUCGGAGUACUGUACCUGAUUAGGGACUCGCCAGUCUGGGAACUAGUUUAUGGUUGGACUCGAUCUUAGAGGUCUCUUCCAACCUUCGUGAUUCUAUGACCUACUCAAAAUACUCUAUGAGUAGAGUGAGAGCAAUGUGAGAGCAAUAAUUCUCCGUUGUUCAGUAAUUUUCUACUGGCCUUUACAAUGUAAGUGUCUGUUAAGGCAGUUGUGGAAUAAGCAAGUUUCUGAAUGCUUUAGUUAAAGUAGCAGUAACAUAAGUAUCCAGUUUUUUAUAGGAGAUGCUGAACAAAGGCUUUCUAUAACCAGCUGCAAAUACACUGCUCAACGGGGCAAGUUCAAGUGAAGUUAAAGCUCCAAACGACCAUCAGAGACCACCAAGAGACCACCAGAAGAUGCCUUAGUGACCAAAUAAGGACUUCCAAAGAACUUCUAAGAACUAAUAACAAAUGUAUGAACUUUAUAAGAAGCAGUGAGAACUAAGUGACCUGCAGCGAGACCCACCAGCCCACUGUUCUGCUGGACCUGUUGGAGAUGACUUGUUUCAUUGGCAAGCAACUAUUAUGGGUCCUAUUUGUACAGGUCACAAAGAUGUUGUGUGUUUUAAAACUCCCCGAUGUCAUCAUGAUGAACUGAAUUAUGUUGGAAAAUCCUACUCUUUGCAUCUGCAAAGAGAAACCACUUCUUAAGCCUGAUAGUGCAUAUCAAGGGGGUGUAUUUUUUCUCACAGUACACUUUCCAACAGACUAUCCUUUCAAACCACCAAAAAUUGCUUUUACAACAAAAAUAUAUCACCCAAACAUAAACAGUAAUGGGAGUAUUUGUCUUGAUAUCCUGAGAUCGCAAUGGUCACCAGCUCUGACUGUAUCUAAAGUUUUAUUGUCCAUAUGCUCCUUACUUUGUGAUCCUAAUCCAGAUGAUCCUUUAGUACCAGAUAUUGCACAGAUCUACAAGUCAGACAAGGAAAAAUACAACAGACAUGCAAGAGAAUGGACUCAGAAAUAUGCAAUGUAAACUUGUGAAGACUUUUUCAUAUACCACAGAGUACUGUAAAUUCUAGUUUUUUUUCAAAAUUAGAAGGAAAUGGAGCACAAUUUAUGAUUUUGAUGUAACAUGACUCCCCUUGAAUUUUUUUUCAUCCAUGUAAGUGUGUUUCUGGAGCAAGGGAGAAUAAACUUCAAAAAAUAACCUUAUGACUGUGAUAAGAAUAUUUAUCCUCUUUGUAUGCUUUGCAGAAGACAUUUAUUAUGGUUUUUAAGGGCUGGACACCUGCAUCUUCAGACUACAAGAUCUGUAAUGCAGUUGUAAAGCAACCGAAUUAUUUUUGCUGGGAAAAGUAGCUGGUUUUAUGUGAUGAAUACUGUAUGUUUGUCAUUGAAGUAUGUUGUUGUUUCAUAAGUGUAUUCAAAUUUCUUUUUGUUAGUUCACUUAAUAAUUUGUAUUUUUUUAUUGUAUAGACUAAAUAUUUUAUUUACAAUGUCAGUAAUUUCAUUUUAGACUUACUUGCGUGUGCACAGUAUUGACAAGAUACAACUGCUAGUAAUGAAAAUAAUUGGAGUAUCCCACACAUUAGGAUAUUCUAAAGAUUGACUGCAGAUUUCUUAAAACCUAAAAUGAUCUUUGCACUGUAAUUCUUUGUAUGCUGAUUAUGGAGAAACACUUUGUUUUGAUUCUGUUGCAUACUUAAUUUUAUUGCAAUGAGAACUAAUUGCACUGCUAUGUAGAGAGAUAUGUAACCAUUCUGUUGCUAUUCACAACUGAUUUUUGAUGUAACACUAUCCUUUUGACCUUUUACAAAUCCAAAUGUAGCCUUUUCCAUAUAAAUAAAAUGCAUUUUCUACUA